AUGGACGAUGACGUUUUAGACGAGGCUACAAGGAAAGACCUUUUCACCGACACUUUCUGUAAGGUCUGCGGGGCAGUGCUGCAGUUUGAGUCUCAAAGGUUGUCACAUUAUCAGGGCAAAAAGCAUGCUCAGAAAGUUCGUCUUUACAUCCGAACGCAUAGUGAGAAAGAGAGGCAGGAGCAUGGCAAACAGAAGAAAACUGAUUGUGUCAAUUUUCAGACGGAUGGAAGUGGAGUACCGGACAAAAACAAAUACUGCAAUCUUUGCAACGUGAUUUUUACUUCCCCAGUUGUUGCUUUGUCUCACUACUUGGGAAAGAUCCAUGCUAAAAAGCUGAAGCAAUUAUCAGGACACCAAGCCCACAUGCCAGCACAGAGUAUGCAGCCUGUUUCUGCUUUACAGAUGCCAUCACCUGAGAAGCCAUUGCUGCCUUCAAAAGCUGAAGAGCCUUCAUCAUCCUCGCUGAAGUUAAAUGAUCCAGAGAAGUUCUGCAAGCUCUGCUGUGCUCCCUUCAAUAAUCCACUCAUGGCCCAGCAGCAUUACAUUGGUAAGAAACACAGAAGAAAUGAAGGACGGAAAAAGAUACUGGAGAAGCUGGAACCUACAGGUUUCUUCUUUUCAGCAAUUGGGGUUGGUUAUUACGUGUGCCCCGUAUGUAACAUCACACUUACAUCUAUAGAAACAUACCAGUCCCACAUGCAAGGAAAUAAGCACCGGAUUAAAGAAACAGCGCUUGCCAAUCUCAUGAAGAAGUCAAAGAAAACAUGUGACUCCUUUCAAAAUGAAUUAACGGAUUAUGUUAAAGUUCAGAAAGCUGGAGGUCUAAAGCCAAGAAGAUACUGUAAAGAAGAACAAGCAUCUGAGGUGGCCAUCACCAGAGACGAGAGCUUCAGCCUAUCAGUUGCAGAGUCAAAAGACUGCUACAAACUUAUGCUUGCUGAAAUUUCUACCAGCUCCUACAGAAAAGAACAGAAAUUUCAGAUAAAUAAUUCUGAGGAGGGAAAAUACAUCAGUGAAAAGCUGAAGUAUGAGAAAGAAGCCACAAAGCAGAAAAGAAAGAAAAAUAGUGAUGGGGCAGAUUUUGGAAGAGAAAAUGAGAAACAAAAGAGAGUUAAAUUUGAGAUAGACUUGGUAAAUGAGAAGAAAUUGAGACCUUAUAAUGACAAAAGUCUUAAAGAAAACCCUGCUGAGAAAGGGAGCAAAAAGCACAAAAAGGAUAAAAAGAAGCCACAGACACAUGUCAAAAUUGAAGAGGAACUACUUUGGGAUGAAUCUGUCUUGGGUUAUUGA